GAGCGCGGCGGGGCGGGCCGGGGAGGGAAAGGAAGAGAAGAGAGGGGUGGGCGGCUGGUGGGCCACUGGCGGGCCAGCGGCUCCGGGAGUAGCGAUGGUGUCGCUGGGGGAGCGGUGCUCCCCGUCGGGCAGGGCCGGAGACCUGGCGGCGCUGUCGGAGCUGGACGAGGCGGCGCUGCUGUCCGGGCUGCGGGAGCGCUUCCUCAGCCAGCACAUCUAUACCGACAUCGGGGACAUCCUCAUCGCCGUGAACCCCUUCCAGCCGCUGCCGCUGUACGGCAGAGAGGUCUCCGAGCGGUACCAGCGCCUCCAGACCGACUCGCUGCCGCCCCACAUCUUCGCCGUGGCCGGCCGCGCCUACCACGCCAUGCUGGGCCGGCGGGGCGGCGGGCCCCGCAACCAGUGCAUCCUCGUCAGUGGAGAGAGUGGUGCAGGAAAGACAGAGAGUGCAAAGCUAUUGUUGCAGCAGAUAAUGAACCUAUGCAAAGGCAACUCGAAGCUGGAGCAGCAGAUCCUUCAGGUGAAUCCAUUGCUUGAAGCUUUUGGCAAUGCCCAGACUGUGAUGAAUGACAACAGCAGCCGCUUUGGAAAAUACAUACAGCUGCGUUUCCAGAAAAAUACAGUGCGAGGUGCAAAGCUGAGUGAGUACCUGUUAGAGAAGUCACGGGUGGUGCAGCAAGAUGCUGGGGAGAGGAAUUUCCAUAUCUUCUACUACAUGUUUGCUGGACUGUCUUCAGAGGAGAAGGAGAUGUAUGGGUUACUGGAUCCUUCGCUCUACAGGUACGUAAGUGGACAAUUUGGUACUCAGAAUGUAGCUCAGCGCUGGAAGGACAAAUACCAAGAGGUGUGCAAUGCCCUUGACAUGGUGGGCUUCCAAGAACAGGAGCAAGUGGACAUGCAGACUAUCUUAGCUGGUGUGUUGUCUCUGGGCAAUGUGACUUUUGAUCCUGAGGAGAGCAGUGGGCCUGUAAAAGUCAGCGAAGCUUCCAAGGGAUGGCUGAAAGCUGCAGCGGGCCAGUUUGGAGUCCAGGAAGAUGAACUGUUAAAAUGUCUUGUUUGUACGAUGUCAGUGACCCGAGGGGAGCAGAUUCAGCGUUUUCACACCCAGCAGCAGGCAGAAGAUGCCCGGGACUCCAUUGCUAAGAUGGUGUACGGCCGAGUGUUUGGCUGGAUCGUUCGCAAGAUCAAUGAGCUGCUGGCUGAGAACGUGGAUCCUGAGGUGGAGCUGAGGGAGAUAGGCAUCUUGGAUAUUUUUGGGUUUGAAAACUUUCCAGUGAACCGUUUUGAACAGCUUUGCAUAAACUUGGCCAAUGAGCAGCUGCAACACUUCUUCAACCAUCACAUUUUCCAGAUGGAGCAGGCUGCCUAUAAGGAAGAAGGGCUGCCUUGGGAGACUAUCACAUUCAACAAUAAUGAACCUAUUCUGCAUCUGCUCCUGGCCAAGCCACUUGGGCUACUGUCUCUUCUGGAUGAGCAGAGUGCAUUCCCUCAGGCAACCGAUAAGACCUUUGUGGAUAAACUAAAUAGCAGCUUCAAAGGCAAUUUACACUUCCAGCCAGCCCGAGGCCAUGUUUUGGGCUUCAGCAUCACUCACUAUGCUGGGAAAGUACAAUAUGAUGCCAGGGGCUUCCUAGAGAAGAACAGAGACACCUUGCCAGCUAACGUUCGUGGGCUCUUCAUCAGCAGUGUCACCCCCUUGCUCAGUGUGCUGUUCACAGGCAAGUCCCUCUGCACAUCCAUCAUGAACCAGGGCCCACCUUGGCAAGAGUUAAGUGUGGGGAUCAGGCUCAUAUUCUGAGAGUGUGUUUCACAGCUGGCAGUCCCUGGGAGACUCUAGGAAUGCUGCAGCUUGGAGUGGGCUGCUGGCAUAUACUGAGCUAUCGGAGUUGUAUAUUUCCCCCUGCAUGGAAAGCAGGGCAGGUUGUAUCCUCUUCCACAGAAUUAAUUAGUCACUGCUAAGAUGCCUUCCUCUCUUCUCCAGGCCCAGUGCAGGACUGUUGCCACUGGCCUUUUCCAUUUGCUCUGUUCUUGUCUAGAAGUGAAGCUGGUUAAGGUCAUAGCUUCUACCUGUUCCCAUUGAAAAUGGAGUCUUGUAAAACCCCUGGCAAUGAGUGUAAAGAUUAUUCCUUUCAAAUACAUUUUCUUUUUCAGGUACAAAUUGUUAAAAAACUCUGAAGUAGUGCAUUAUUUUUUUCCUACCACUGCACUUCCUUCUUCCAGUUAUCAAUAAGCCCUCAGAUUUCCACGGCUUCUAUGAAAGUAAAAAUUUAAAGAAAGGUCAGGUGGAUGCUUCCUUGGAAGUUGGCUGGCUAAACACAAAUUUUAUAAUUUUUUUGUCCCCUUCAGUCCAUGUCAGUUCCUGGGAUUUACAAGAAACUGAUAAUUUCAUUUCUAUUCUCCACUGUGUUUUUCAACUCUUCUGCUCAGGACUGUCUUUCUUCUUUCUCACUGUUACUGAAGCUACUUAGCCUAGUCCCAACUCUUUCAAAGUUCAUAAACAUUGGAAAUAACCUCAGGUUAAUUGUCCAGUCCUGGGUAAUGGCUCUACGUGGCCCUGCUCAACAAAGGGGUCUGCUCAGGUGAACUCCAGAGGACCCUUCCAGCCUAAACUGUUCUGUGAUUUUAUGAUUCACGUGAAACCAUUGCAUCAAGGGUGUGCGAGACUGUUAUCAGAUCCCUCAGUAAAUUCAGCUUCCCUGAAUUUUUCAUCUGACUUUAAAUAACCUGACUGCUGUAAGGAAGCUUCCCAUUUGCUAUCUGCACUGGUUUUUUCUGCAUUGCUAGAUGCCUGCUGAUGAUAUUUCUUUUGAAGUCAUUUAGGUUUGUUUAAUAACCUGAUUGCCUUGUCUUCUCAGUGGCAGAAGAUAAUAUUACAUUGUAGGCUUCAUACAUUUGCAUUUUCUUCUUCCUUUUUCUAAUUCUUUCCUUGUAUUUUUUCAUGGUGAAACCUAAUGCCUUGUCUGUGAUUCAGUAUUUGUGAGGAGGCUUGUGUGUGAAGUGAGGUUUGAAUGUUUAGACAUGGUUGAUUGCAAGCCAAGAUACAAAAUUAACUAUUGUCUCUGUUCUUCCAGCCACUAUUUCCAGGACGGGGACACUUAUGCCUCAUAUGAAAGCCAAGGUCAUACCAGGAGCAGACGACAAGUUCAACAGCACACGGAAACAAUCUGUUGGAGCUCAGUUCCGGGUACGGUAUUGCUGCCCUGCAGUGCCCCGUGAGAUGAGUGCAGGGAUGUUUUCAUUGGAGCUUCCAGACUGCUAUGCACAGUUAAAGCAUCCAUGGUGUAAACAGGGUGCCAAGCAUGGCUGAUCAUGGUGGGGCUGACCAGGUUGUUCUCAGAGCCCAGGAGGUUGCUGUGGGGUGAGAAAAUGGUUCCCGCUGCAGGGUAUGGCAUGUCAGGCUCUGGCAGUGUUUUGGCUUGAUGGACUGUUGAUCUUCCUGUGCCCUUGGCAGCAUUCUCUGAUGGUGCUCAUGGAGAGGUUGUAUUCUGCCAACCCACACUUUGUGCGCUGCGUAAAGCCCAACAGCCGGAAGGAGCCAGGUGUGGUAGACAACCAGA